UGCUUCUUCUUUCUUUCUUUUUUGAACCAAAAACUAAUCCUACUUCUGUUUCCCUAUCGGAGAAGAAGCCAACUCAGCCAAGGCAAACCUUCAUCAAUUCCCCACUCCCACCAUGACCACGCGCACGACACACACCCGAUCGCCGCGGAGGCUUCGGCAUGGACGGUUUGCGCGAUAACUCCCGGCCGCCCUUUCGCGGCAUCGACAGCCCCUCGCCGUCCGAAUUCCGCGUGAGCUCCAGCCAGCGACGGCGCCGCUCCGCCUCUCGCAACGCUCCGCUGACACCUCCCAUGCACCGCACCAGCGGCCUAGUCCGUCACCACGUAGAGCCGCGCCGCAAGCACCACCACCGGCGUGAGCGCAGCCGCAGCCCUCGCCUUGAGUCGGCACGCAAAGCUGGCUCGCCAUCUGCCAAGUGGUCUCGGUUCGAAGACGGCUCUUCGAGCGCGCUGGCUCCGCCUCUGAUGGAUGAUGGCAGCACGACCCUUGACUGCCCUGACAGUCCCAUAUACUGUUACGAGGAUGAUCAGAGGAUAAGAUUUGGGCAAUACGGCGUCUCUGAUGGUCCAGGGAUCACUGACAGGGAACCAGACGGCAAACAGGAAGAUCAUUCAUAUAAUGCGCUGGUGGAUGACUUUAUGGGUGCUGUGGUGGAGAACUGGUGUGAGCCAGCCAACUUCGAUCAAGCAGCGCGUGAAGAGCGUUACCGAAAGCAGACGAAUCGAUUCGCUGAGUUAGCUCUGAAACGUUACAACAAAAACAAAAACAAUAAGGUUAAGUAUUCACUUGUUGAGGCAAUAGAUGGAGCAAUAUUUCAUGAGCGAUCUUACGAUUACGCCCAUGUGAACUUCUAUGCUAAUGCUAAGAAUGGCCCAAAGAAGAACGAUCCUAAAGUGCUUGUUUUUGCUGAGCUCAAACAUGUUGGACGGCGAGUUAACGCAAUGGCUCUCACGUCUUUCCAUUUUCUUGAUGAGAAGAAACAAACCACUGGACGUCGUGAUGUUGCUCGGAGCUCGCGCGUGAUUCGGGAGAUAUAUCAUUGCUAUGCUUGUACCAAUGAUAUGAAGCACCCCCAGGGAUCAAGCUAUAAGGCAGGCCACUUUGCUGCUGUAUCAUAUUACUUUGAGGAUUAGGUACGCGAUUUGUUAGAACUUGUAUUUUUAGGUGGCCAUAGGCCCCGGUACAAUAAGCAAAAAAAAACCUUAUAGAGGAAAAUACAAAGGGUACAGGUCUAAAUAUUGUAAAUCUACAACACUGAGUUUGAACAGACCAAAGCCGUGACGUGCUUUA